ACUGGCACACAUCGUGGCGUCUUCACGCUCAACCUCAUUUUGCAAGCGGGAAUUAAAAAUACAUUUACGCACCCGAGCAUAAGAGGAUUUCCAGAUUUGAAGCUAGUGGGGACAGUAGAGAAUUGGGUGCACUGGGGUGCUCCUCCAUCCCGACCGGCUUGAGACUAAAAAAAGACUGGCAACCUACUCCUGGGCAGCUGUCCAAGGGGGUUGCUUCUUUUUCAGUGCCAAACGCUCUUGUUGCGCUUUGAUGCACUGGCAGGAGUUGUGGCAAAGAAAGGUUGGCCUAUUGCGGUGAGACCUGUUGCAUUUGCGUGCCUUCUUGACACUUCCCUCGUCUCUCGACUGUGGCGACAGGCGAGCUCGCGGUGAGGCUGAGACGCCUUAACACAGGAUUUUGCGACUGAGGGCUGUCAGUGUAAGCCAUUGCUGCAAAGAAUGCAAGCUGCCUCUGCCAGCGGUAGGCCUGCAAGCGCUGGUGACCAACCUGCGCACCUGUCUGCAAUAGGACCCGGCAUUGUGUCAACCACGGGCUCUCCUGAUAUUUCAGACGGCAGUCCAAGUGGGUAUAGUGGACUUCCGCAUACAAGUGGCUCUCCUGGUGCCUCCAAGUCAUUGGUUUUUGGACCUUCUGGAUUCCCGUGCACUCCUCUACCGAAACAUGUUUCCGAACGAAAUGGCUCUACGUUGGAACUGGGCUUAACUCCUAUUCAUGCGUCCUCACAGCUACCAACUCCGCGUUCUGCUACGGCUCCUCCAAGCGCGUCGAUCGAAGCACAGGCCCAUCCUACCGUUCUUGAACAGUCAAAGGCACAGGAAGCUGCCUACGUUUUUGCGGAACGCAGCACGCGAGGGAACUUGAAAUGGCACGCGCAUUCAUUUCCCAGCGGGAAGAGCAAGCUCACGCGCAUGUUGAUGUGUCCAGUACCAGAUUGCGGGAAGUCUUUCAAAACAAAAACGCAUCUAGUACGACACGAGCGAACGCACACGGGCGAGAGACCAUUUGAAUGCUCAUGGCCGGAAUGCAACAGGCGCUUCGCGAGGAAGGAUAAUCUGCAGCAACACUACGAUCUACAUCUACCCCGCACAGAUAGUGCUCCAAAGCGGCGCGCAACCAAGCGAGGAGCGAGUGUGCCACCUUCGCCCAUGUCCUUGGGAUCGCCAGCUUCAGACUUGGGCGCAUGGUUUAGCAAUAAUGCUGAGACCUCGUUUGGUAUUAUGUCUCCCCUAGGAAUGUCGCCUGUUUGCGCCCGAUCGAUGAGCGAUCCUGUUUAUGCCACUCCGCCACCCGCAUCACCGGCGUCCGAAGCCAUCCCGAUAUCCCCCACCAUAGCGAUGGUUCGAAGAGUCGAGAUGGGGACACGGGACACUCCGCCCAUGUCGCGGAGAGGUUCCCGUCGUGGCACCGAUUCUAAUGUGACGAGUUCUGGUCGAACCAGUACUUCAGAGUCUACUGUACUGCCUACCAGUGCCUCGUGCGGAAUAGAAAAUGGACCACACUACUCCCCGGUACCUGUGACUGUGCAGGCCACCAAUCAUUCGACACUAUGCACAACCAGGGCCUCAGAAACCCGACCACGUGAACAUGUGUCUCAACCAUCGCUCGCGUGUUCCACCCCCUUGCCAGUGCCAGACAGUCACAACGCAGGACGGACUAUGGAGGCACCAGCUCAAGCCACGCCAGCCCCUCAACCCCUAUUUCUAAAUAGGUCUUUCGAGGAUCCGUCAUCGGGCGGAUACACUCAUCACUUGGGUUCUCAACCUUUGGGACCGGACUCAAUUCAAUUUACGCAAAUUACUUCAACCCCAAGCGGUCACCCGCAAUCAGCAAUGUCGUCGGAUCCACAACCAAGCAUGGUACAUCCACAUCCGCGCUUCCCAGCUUCUGGUUCGUUGAUAUCGCGCAUGGAUGCACAUGUGGACUUUGAUGCCUCUUGCCACCUUCAUACCCCUCCGAUAUCGAUCAGAGCACCGGUUGCUGGACCCCUUCCGAUGCCUUAUCCUUUCCAUCAUGCUCAGUGUUGCUGCCACCUUCCGGUGUGUGGUCUAUCCGGCGCACAGGGUCCGCUGUUUCCUGCAGCGUCGAACGGUAGUGAGGGAUGCCUUCGUGGGACACAAACUGUUCAAGCAGCAGGAAAUAACAAUUUGCCGGGCCCCUCAAAGUGCUUGACGGACAAGGACCACCCCUCCCGAAAUGCGUCGCUACCAGAGACAACACAGGGGGCUCUUCAAAGAGCAGACCAAUGUCUUCCUACUAGUUACCCUACUGCUGGCCUGCCUCCAGCGCAUCUUCCUGUACAAUCUCAGCCAUAUCCUGCACCACUCCCUUAUCCAUAUCCAUACCCGUAUCAAGUGGUUGUGUACCCUCAUCCACAUCCGUACAAUAAUCAUCCCUCGCACUCAUGUACCUGUCAUCCUGGGGUUCCUUAUACCUACAUGUAUCCAGCUCAGAGAGUUUCUCCGGAUAUGUCUCAGAAUAGGCCUGGGUAAAAUUAGCUGCGCAUAGAUUAUAAGAGAUAUACUGCUGGGGCUUGUACAUAGAUGUCGAACAUAUCGAUAGUUAAUCUCUUCUUCCGGUACUUGAUGAGCAAAUCAUCAUCAAAUCUCCACUCGGCGGGAGUGACUUUCACCCCAAAAGAAUGC